CGCCCGCUCGGCGUGUUCCGGAGAGUAAAACAGUAACCACUAGUUCGUUGAUUGACAGUCAGUUUGUGUCUCAGGAAGCGCACAUCACACAUCACCGCGUCGUUUUUCACGUUGACGAAUAAUUUCAGAAAUUUGAGUCAAGAUGCCUUUGAAUCAAGAUCUGAUGCAUCCCACUUGGGCAGAGGAGAGGAGAAGACACAAGAAGAAGAGGAUUGUCCAGAGCCCGAACUCCUACUUUAUGGAUGUUAAAUGUCCAGGUUGCUACAGGAUCACGACCAUCUUCAGCCAUGCUCAGGCAGUCGUACCCUGUGCAGGCUGUUCUGUAAUCCUCUGUCAGCCAGCAGGUGGAAAAUGCAGACUGACUGCAGGUUGUGCCUUCAGGAAGAAAUAUUCUUGAGCAGGAAUGUCCGAAAACACAAGCAUAAUUGUGACCGCGGAUGGAUGAGUGAACCUCUCUCCAUGAUUCUACUUUCUAAUUUGUUUUCACACUUCAAAGUGUAUCCUUAAUAAGGAACUGCAUUGUGAAGUGAAAAUACACUGCUCCAGUUGUAUUUAGAGGAUGACAGAAGAGCAGCAAACAGGAACACAACAUCCCGUUUGGCCCAGCAUGACGUGCAUGCUUAUUACACUGAUGUGAUUAAAUCACUUGAUGUGGGGUCAUUUUGUGUCAGCAAGAUGCAUAAAAUGUCAAGUUUUGAUUUCU